AUGUAUGUUCUCGAAUACUCCGAAGAUUUUGGAGGUCCCGAAGAUGACUUCGCAUUCCAAAGAACCACCGUAGUCUACGAAAUGUCCGGCUCGAUCUACAGAGCCUACUCACGAAAGCGAUAUGAAUCAAAAGAAGGGAUUCAGUUCGGCGACAUGUACAGCACCAACAAGAUUCAAGGGGCUCUCAUUCUCCCGGAGUUCUCGGACAAAUUCAUGAAGGCUGAAAGGCCCUCGGAUUGUUCGACUGGUAUAUAG